AUGAGAUUUCUGAGGAAAUUAAAGGCAAAUAUGGGAAACAAGAACUCCAUCUUCAAUAAUGAAAAUUCUUCUUUGGUUAUAAGGACCAGCAGAGAUGAAAAACCACUCCAUUAUACAUUAAAAAUCCAAUCUUUUUCACUGCUGAAGGCUGCAGUUGCUGCUAGUUCCAUUCGUAAUAGAUAUGAAUCCCAGAUCUUCAAGGCAGGAGGUUAUAAAUGGAAAUUAGCUUUGUAUCCCAAUGGAGAUUUCAAAAGAAAUGUAGCAAAUCAUAUCUCUUUGUAUUUGGUAUCAGCUGAAGAUGAGAUUUCAUCAAGUGGUUUAGAGAUCAAAGUUAUGAUUAAAUUUCUUGUUUAUGAUAAUCUCAAAGACAGGUAUUGGACCAUACAAGAUGGAAAAGUUAGAUGUUUUCAUGCAAUUAAAAAGGAGUGGGGGUUUGAAAAAUUGGUGUCACUUGACACUUUUAAUGACACUUCGAAUGGAUUGUUGGUGGAUGAUUGUUGUGCAUUUGGAGUUGAUGUUAUUGUCAUGAAAUCGUAUGAUGGGAACAACGAGAUCCUUUCCUUGAUUAAGCAACUAAAAAAUUACAAAUAUACAUGGAAAAUCAACAAUUUUUCACAACUAAGUAAGAAUGUUUAUGAAUCUGAUCCUUUUACAGUGGAUAACUACACUUGGAAAAUAGAACUAUAUCCUAGAGGAGACUCUUUGGCCAUGACUGGCUAUAUGUCCAUGUUCUUGAGGUUUGAUAGUUUCGAGAAGCUUCCACAAGGUUCUAGAGUUUACGUUGAAUAUGAUAUAGCUGUACUGAGUCAACUUGGAGGUGCGUACACAAAUUAUCCAGUUAAACAUUGGUUUGAUGGUGAAACAAAGAGCUGGGGUUUUGGAAAUUUCAUGUCAUUGAGUAAUGUCAAGGAACCAAUGAAGGGAUUUCUCUGCGACGAUACUUUGAUGGUUGAAGUGAAAAUUAAUGUUAUCUCUAUCUUGAAAAGUUUUUAUAGGAAGGGAAAUGGUGGUGGCAGAUCAUAA